AGUUACUGCCUUUCGAUUUCCCAAAUUCCUACUACUUACAAUCACUACUCUUAAAAUUUCUCUAUCCUACCAUUAAUUCGCCAAACGAUGUCAACUCCAGAUACCUCUAUCUCAACUACUCAGGCCUCGGAGAUCAUAGAGUCGGUUUCAUCACCUGGUGUCGUGCAGGAUAGCCUCCGCGAUGCAAACGUCAAAGUACCCACGCAAGCGGAAUUAUCUACUGUAGAGUCAAAGUUAGCCACCGCGCGCUCGAAGAAAGACACUGGUGAUGCUGCGUUCAAAGUAGGAGAUGUCAAGAGUGCAUUGCGAUCGUACCACGAGACGCUUCUGUAUCUUCACGGCAUCGAUAAAAACGCCCUUAAAUCGCUUGGAUUGGCUGUCCCAUCGUCUCCGUCAUCGAUGUCAGCAGUAGACCAAGCUGCUGGUGCAAAAGAUGUAACGACUGAGGCAGAUAUGAUUCUGGAGAAAGUAUACGCCAAUAUGUCUGCCUGCCAUAUCAAACAAGAGAACUGGAAGCGGGCAGUGGAUACUGCUGACAAGGCUCUGGGCAAAAACGCAUCUAAUUCUAAAGCACUUUUCCGAAAAGCAAAGGCCCUUGGAGAACUUGGAUUUUUCGAGAAAGCUGAGAUAGCUCUCAACGAGAUCAAGAAGGUCGCUCCCAACGAGGCGCCCAUGGCCGACGCAGAGCUUGCGCGUCAGAGAGCGAUGGACCGUGAACGGCAAAAGGCUCACGAUCAGAAAAUGAGAGGCUGGCUUUCACGAGAGAAGAAGCAGGCUGCGAGCGAGUAAACCUAGUCUGGAGCGAGGAUGUGUACAGCAAAAGCUCACGAUACCACGUGUAUAUUGUAUUUGAAGCGGACAUCAUGGUUUGUUGCACCUUAAUUCAGCGAAGAGUAUACACGAUUCUCGACAUUGGGGUCAAUUAUUAUAAGUACUUGUAACGAAACGAAACUUGGACGCCGUGGCUAACAUUACAUAAUUGCACAUGGAAGUUGCCAUGGAGCUUUAACGACCUUUUCUCGUCAAAAUCCAUGGCGGUUGGUUUAU